GUCACGCGUGGGGAAGGGCUGGGCCAGGGUCGGGGAGAAGUUUGGGCCGCGCCGACUGGCUGAGGACCUCAAAAAAUGGCUCCGUCAUCCCGCGUGGUCAGCAGCGCCGACUUGAGGGGAGCAGCCUUGCCGUUCUACUUUCUGUUCUGUACUCUGUAGCAUCCCACCUGCUCCAAUUGAUCUCCUUCUCUUCGACACUAUUCAUCUCUUCACAGCACUCUUUCAAUCCCUUCCAACCAUCACUCAUAGCAUGCAACAAGAUGGUCAAAUUCUACUCAACUUCGUAUAGCUACGACUACUCUUUUCCCGCCGUGUCGCUGGCCUAUUUUCUGCGCUAUCCAAACCCUUAUAGCACUCACGUGCUCUCGACCGAUGUCAUCUCGCGCGAAUACGACCCCGACACUCAACGCCUGACGACUGUCCGACUUCAUCUGAAGAAGAGCAAACUCCCUGCGGCCAUCCUCAAACUCCUGCCACGAAGCAUUAUGGGCGGCGCUGAAAACGGCGACAGUCAAGCUUAUAUCCUGGAGACGACCGUCGUCGACGCCAAAGAAGGGUGGAUGGAGGCCGAGAGUCGCAACCUCGAAUGGACUGGUGUCUUGAGUGUCAUUGAGAAGCAGGUCUUCCAACGCAAGGCGCUCGAUUCACAACCAAAACUUGCUGCACCCGUCGAUUUAUACGGUCAACAAUCAUCUCAGAGAACAGAUGUCACAACAACUGUCACGCUGCAAUCACGCAUUGGCGAGAAUAUUCGUCGUAGGAAAGCACAAAGACAGGCUGAGGCUGAAGCCGUCGAAGAGGAGGCUCCCCCGGCGAGGAUGGGAUUCUUCAAGUCGUGGGCAGCUAGUCCCAUGCAGCGAUCUAUUGAAGUCAUUGGCCUUCGUCGUGCCGAAAAGUCACAACCCAAAGCAAAGGAGGGAAUGAAGGUGGUGCUCGAGCGGCUGCGACAGGGUGGACUCGUCGCAGUACUCGAGGGUAUGCGUCAGGAUCGGGAGCUUAUGUUCGUUGGCGGACAGGUCUAAGUGUUCUUCGACCACAUGAAUUGAUGACUGGUCUUCAGCCAUCGAUUCUGAGCACGAAAGCAAAGAAGGUGGACAAAUUGUAUCAAGAUUUUCUGGGAUUGCAACAGGUUUUAGCGCGGCGUUUCGGGUAUAUUCUCAAUACACACAAGAUUGGCGCAGAGCAAAUCAUAGAGGUAUCAAUAUGAUGUCUUCUGGCUCGCCAAAAGAAGACUUGGGCAUGAUAUUGGGUGGGAUUAUUUAAAUGUAUUACUAGCAUUCACGUCUUGACGAGCCAACUCAUCUCUCUUUCUCCUAACAUUUCGACUCUGCCUCUUCUGUGAUUACUAUCGUGACUUCCUUGAAUGGUGGAACGACCUGACUGUGAUGAU